AUGGCCGACCACAAACGCCCGGGCUCGCCGCUCCCGGCGUUCGACGACCCCGCGGACUUGGCCGCGGCCGUGAUCUCCACGCUCCUGGUGCCCGACGAGCCCACGCACGUCGCGGCCGCAUACUCCAACGACAAGAACGCCGCCCUGGAGGUCCAGGCGUACGCCAAGAUCGCCGGCCGGGACUGGACGUACUACGUCAAGACGCUUGCGGUGACGCUCGGGCGCAACACGGACGCGCCCGCCGCCGCGCCGCUCGUGCAUAUCGACUUGGGCCCGGCCAAGGUCGUGUCGCGCCAGCACGCCAGCAUCUGCUACAACAUCGACUUGAGGUGCUGGGAGCUCCGCGUCACGGGCCGCAACGGCGCGCGCGUGGACGGCGCCAAGACGCCCGUGGGCGCGCCGCACGCCACGCCGUUGCACUCGGGCGCCAUCCUCGACGUGGGCGGCACGCAGAUGAUGUUCAUCUUGCCGGACACGCCGCCGGCCAUAGCGCCCAAGAUGCUCGCGCUGUGCUUGGCACGCUACGCCGGCGGUGCACCCAAGCGCCCGCGCGUGGCCGCGCCGGCCCAGCGCAUGCUGAGCUUCCAGAUGUUCGGGCGCGGCCUGCUGGCGCCGUCGCCGUCCGCGGUGUCCGCGGUGCUGCUCCAGCACAACUUGGACCAGGACUUGUCGCGCGAGGAUGCCAAGGAUAUCAAGCCGCCGUAUCUGUACGCGACCAUGAUCACGCAGGCGAUUCUCCUGAACGCGGACGGCGUCAUGUCGCUCUCCGAGAUUUACGCGUGGAUUGCCGCGCGCUACGCCUACUACAAGUAUUCCAAGACGGGCUGGCAGAACCUGAUCCGCCACAACUUGUCGCUCAACAAGGCCUUCGAGAAGGUCCCGCGCCGGCCCAACGAGCCGGGCAAGGGCAUGAAGUGGCAGAUCAGCGACGCCUACCGCCACGACUUCUUGCAGAAGGUCCAGACGGGCACCUUGCUGAAGUCGCGUCGCGGCUCGUCGGUCUCGCGCACGCUCCAGAUCCACCUCGCCACCCACCAGGGGCUCCCGGAGACCAAGCUGUACCACCCGGACCCGCCCUCCUCGCAGGCAGCCUUCCCGGGGCCCGCCGCACACUCCAGCCAGCCCUAUGGCAGCACGCCUCCCGGGGCUUACGCCAUGCAGAACAUUAAUUACCACCGCCCUGUGGGACAAAACCAGGCCCCAAACCAGCAUCCCAACAACAGACAGGUCCUGGCUCACGCACCGCUGCAAAUGCAGCAAUUGCAGCCGCCCAUGCCUGAAAAGCGCAUGGAACUUGCGUCUCCCUUGAGACACGCCUCAACGGAUUCGUCCGCGAUGAACAACCCUCCAUUGGACAGCUCCUCGUUCCACCUGCAACCACCACAGAACGGGGCGGCACCUGGGGUUAAUCUCUUCAAGAUGGCUCCCACGCAGUUGCAACAGGAAAACCCGCCCACGCAAAAUGGCGCCAGCAGAGCGUCGCUCGCCAACACCAGCGAGUCCCUCAUACAAACAUCGACGGCCCCAACAACGUCCAACACGUCCGAGCUCGGACUCAGUUUCACGUCACCCAAGAAGGUGGUGCCGCUAGAAGCGUUCACGCCGGAUCGUGGUUCGAAGUCUACUGGCCCUGGCAGCAAGUCUGGCGGAAAUGCCAGCGUGAACCAGUCGUCACCAGCGUUCUGGAACUUUGUACAGUUUAGUACGCCCAAUGGACAGACACCUGGGAGGAAAAACAGCAACGAGAGCAACGGACAGGAGAGCCCGACUCUCAAUAGGGGCGCCAACGACAAAUCCGCCGCCGCGAGCGCCUGCGACGAGUCACCUUCCAAGUGA